CGACUUGCCGAAGAUCCUUCUAAGCUUCGCGAUCGACUUAUAUUUGAGUUUGUUGACCUGUCUCUAUAGACGCAUAAUGGUACUUUCACUUGACUUACGGCCGCGUUUUUCCCCUUUUGAGUGGGCUUUUAUAUCUCCUUAUGUGGACCGCCAAUAGUUCCCUUAAUCAUCUGCCGUCCCAGUAUCCCAUCCCUAUGCUCGCACCGAAGACUUCAUUUUUUCCUGAACUGAUGCGAUGACGCGCCAAAUUUGGGAUCCCUACCAGACUCUCAACCUCAACUCUCACCAAGAUGGCGAAGGCGUCCUUUGCUGUGUCGGGCGCUCAGUCUCGCGCUGGAAUGCUCGAUGCCAGUACAAGAUACCCGACUCGGAUCUUGUACAGAUCCGCAUCAUGAUCAAUAACAUGAUGGCAUUCUCCCCAUGCGACUCCGCCAUAGCCCUAUCAAAACUAGCCAAACUAUGCCUUUGUCCAUCUGUUCAUUCAAAUCAGAAGGUCGAGGUCGUCGCCAAGUGGAAACGCAAAGUAUACGAAGAGGCUCGCAAUUACGAAGAUAGCCAAAGACUGCGCACUGAGAAUCUCCGGCUGAUCGGGAAGCUCGCUGCUGAGCGACAUGAAAAGAGUCGCUUGCAAGAAAUCGUCUACUCCUCGAGCGAGCCUGUGCAUCUUGCGCUCUCGGACAGCUCCGAAAGCACUGUAUCCGAGAUUCAUGAAAUAGACCGUCACAUGUUCUUCCGCCUCUCCACUCCGCCAGGAAGACUUGGACACGAGCAAGGAUUGCAGCAAGCAGAAGUAGACAACGAAAACCUCAAAACGCGUAUCAAUCAACUCGAAAUUGCCUACGCUGAGCGUGCACGUGAUGCAGAGGAGCUGCGAACAUUCCUAGAAUACCAAAAAGCUGAGUUCAAUGCCGAACUUGCACAAGAACGCGAAUCUGCCCGAGAGUAUCAACAAGUCCUACAACAAGGGCGGGCCGCUGUCGAGGAUCUUCAAACCAGCCAAGACCAUCUGAUCGAAGCACUACAGGCCGACAUUGCAGACAAGUCGGUGGUCUUGAAGAAAUACGAGAGUGAGAUGACGGAGAAAGCCGCGAAGAAUCUUACGCUGGUCAACAAGAUCGAUCGUCUUACAGCACAGCUCGACAGUGAAAGCAGAAACACUAAACAGCUAAGAGAGGAUCUGGAAAAAGUAGGUAAUAGUGAAUACAGCCUUGUGGCUCGGAUCAGUGCGCUCGAAGCAAGGCUAGCGACUGAACUUCGUAAAUCAGAACAGCUUCGUCAAAGCUUAGUAACGGCACACGAUGCGGAGAAUGAAGCCGUUCGUCAGCGUGAACACUACCAUGCCCAAUCUCUGGCAUACGAAGCAUCCACGAAUCGCCUAAAGAAGCAGAUAGAAGCCGAGUUACAAAGACGAAGAGAACUGAUAUCAGAAAUAGAAACGCUACGUAGUCUCGCCCAGGACAACAUACUUGGUGGCAGCACUCGGGCUCGUGCUCGUCCCCGUGACGAACGCUUUUCGGCUGCAUACACCGAAGACGACAACAUAUCAUUAGGCAGACGUGACAGUGUGAACUCUGAUGCCAUCGAAGAUCUUCCCCAACCACUGCAGUUUCAAAAGCUCUCACUAGGGACGGCUAUUGGGACUGAUUUCCGCACCGAAACGAUGCUCCUCGAGGAGAUUAUAUCACUUCGACAACAACUCAUGAACGAGCGCGAUAUCACUUACAAGCUCCGCGAAGAAUGGGAUCCGAUAGUUGCACGCCAUGAGUCCGAUAUGGCAGGCCUGAAGGCAAAGCUCGUUACUCAGGAGACCAUCAAUACAAAGCUAGAAGGGAUUCUUACUAUGAACGAUGAAAGAGGCAAAGAAAGAGAGAGAAAGCUAAGGGUUCAACUUGAAAGCCUACAGAUCUCGUUGCUGCAAACCCAAGUCGAGUUAUCAAACUCGAGCGCUCGAAAUAAAUUCUUUGCUUCGAAUCAGCAGAGGCAUCUAGAGCAGAUCAUAGACCUUGAAGCACAGCUUGCGACCAAGCCUGCAGCAGUUUUUGGUGCAAAAAUUGGAGAUUUUGGGCGACGCAUAUUUGGCUCUUUGCGCAGCACUUGGAGUAAUAUGAUCGGAUGAACGUGUUUUAGCGAAGGAUGGCCAUUGUCUGUUCACUGCGUUGGACCAUUGCCAGGAGCUAAUUUGAGGAUUUUAGCGUUUUCAUUUUGUUGUGGAUCAGAUAC